ACCUUUGAAAAGAAAAACAUUUCUUUUAUUCAUUGUCUGAUGCUCCAUACGAGCGAGGUGAGAGAAUGGUUGAGUACGAACUCCAACUGGUCAACAGAGUACUGCCUUUUCCAUGAGUUGCAAAUGAGCAGGAACUAAUCGCCAUUUCAGUGUGAAGCGCCUUUGUUUCAGGUUGUGUCUGGUUUGGGUUUGGAUUUGCUUUAAUAGUAGUAUUUAAAGUCUCCAGUAAUUCGGGGGUAGUUGGAUGGAUGGGUCAAAUUCUCCUUCAUGACAUUGCGAACUCAUAGGAUGAGCUACAAUGGGAAAUUUUUGUUGCCAUAAUAGUGGAUUGACUAUUUACUCAAAGUUUAGCUUGGUUUAGAUUUGGAGCUCUGUUUUGUAAUGGUGGGUUUCUGGUACCACUAGUUGAAUUGGGAAGCUGGGGUUUUAAGUGAGUUUUCAUUUUCAUGGCUUCUAUUAGAAGAACCUUGUCCCCAGUUCCUCGGCCUGGAACUUCAAUGAAUGGAGAAGCAUGCUCUGUAGGUUCUCCCCUGUCCAGGUCUUCUCUCUCUCCUCAAAACCUCCCUCAAUCUACUGGACUGCACUAUUCCCUGUUUAAUACAUUGGAAACUCAAGCUGCCAUUCUUGGGAUCUACUCUCCAAGGUCUUCUAGAUCAUUUGACAAAUCUAAACCAAAGGUUCAGAUUUGGAGGAGGGCGAUGUUCCAUUUCUUCAUGUGUUUUUUUGUUGGGUUUCUUGCUGGAUUGGUGCCAUUUGCAUCCACCAACAUAUCCAUGAAUGUCAUGUCAGAAUAUCAAGCUUUCCAGUUUGAUAGGUUCUCCUCUGACGGAAAAUCUCAGCCUCAGAAUAAUUCUAGCAGCACCAUCUCUAUUCCAUUGGAAAGUGAAGACAUGAAGAGUAGCCCAAUCCUACCAGAGGUGCCAAUGUAUAAUAACCUUUCUUAUGAUAAUUUGGAUAACCAUCUAAUUGCUCAAGAAUUAGAGCCUCGAAAGCUACUGAUAAUUGUGACCCCAACGUCUGCUCACCCACUACAAGCCUAUUAUCUUAGCCGUUUGGCGCACACACUAAAGUUGGUCCGACCGCCUCUCCUAUGGAUCGUUGUAGAAAUGUACUCCCAAUCAGAUGAAACAGCUGAUUUAUUGAGGAGUACUGGGAUUAUGUUUAGGCAUAUUGCUUGCACUAAAAACUUAACUGAUAUGAGAGAUGUAAGAGUUCAUCAAAGAAAUCUAGCCCUGUCUCACAUUGAAACCCACUGCCUUGAUGGAAUUGUUUACUUUGCAGAUGAAAAUAACUUCUAUUUGGUUGAUCUAUUGGAGAAAAUGAGGGAGAUCAGACGGUUUGGGACUUGGCCGGUGGCAAAAUUAUUAGGGGGUACAAGUAGAUCCUUUCUGGAAGGCCCCGUUUGUAAUGGAAAUCUUAUAAUUGGAUGGCACAUAUAUGAAUCAAGUAUGAGACCUCGCAGGUUUCAUGCUGAACUAUCGGGCUUUGCUUUCAAUAGCACCAUUCUAUGGGAUCCAGAGAGGUGGCAUCGACGCACUUCAGAACCUGUGAGGCAGCUUGAUUCCAUCAGAGAUAGUCUCCAAGCAAGCGACUUCAUCGAACAAAUUGUGGAAGAUGAAAGCCAAAUGGAAGGAUUACUAGAAGACUGCUCGAGAAUCAUGGUCUGGAACAUCAAUUUUAAACCGUCAAGUGCAGUUUAUCCUCACAAAUGGUUCAUGACGAAUUAUCUAGAUGUCACUGCUUCACUUACAUGAGAUUCAAGAUCUGGAAGGAAGAAAAAACUUCAUUGUAACGGCACCUUGAUCAGCUCAGAUGCUUCCACCAUGGUCCAGGAUUAAUUUUCAAAUUGUUUCUCCUGUGUCCGGAUUGUUUGGCAUUGUUGGUGAGAGAUAUGAACGGUGGUGCUUCCCUCUAGCAUCUUUCAAAUAUAACGACUGAACAUUCACUUUUAUGUAGCUAAUGCAAGCUUUUACUUUGUCCAAAUGGCAAAGCUUAUGGAGGGAAGUCUUGUUGUAGUACAAUUCAAAUAUUGGUCUCCUUUUCUUAUAAAGGACAUUUGAUGAUUUGAUAUUUUGUACAGAA